UGUGUUUGUACAGCUGGGGUUAUUCGGAGCAAGGCAUCAGCUUCACAUUCAGGAAAUAUACCAAAUACAACAAAUAUGGAAUACCCUUCCUGUUGCAAUUGAGCAAGAAACAUGGCUAGGUAGGUAUCACUAAUCAAUUCUGGGCCACUCAAUAGAGAAUUUAAGUUGAACCAUUGGUAUCCAAGACGUCUUAUGGUAAACCAAUGAUCUCGGUAAUUACAAAUAAAUGCUUUCAUUUGCGCAGGAUUUUUGUGUGCUUCAACAGCUCUCUCCUCUGUGCUGUUGUAUGGUAUUAAUUCUAGUCCCCACACUUCUAGAGCACUACUUAUAACUUGUACAGAAAAGUAGCCACUGUCAUCAUAGUUGCCUGAGGGUUGCUCCAGAAACUUCCUAUAGUCUUCUGUAUCAACUCCCGAUUCUGACAUCCUCAAUCUUUCUUCAUCAUCCAUCUGUUGGGCCAAAGUAGCUAAAUCCACAGCCGUAAAAUACGAUCCUUGAAGUAAGGCGUUGAGACAAUGUUGGGCACAUAAUGAUCCUUCUUGCUUUUCGUGAAAUAUCGCCUCCAUGUUCCACGCAGUUGCAAACUGUUGCAAACAUUCAUGGAAUAAACCAAUGGAAAAUGUCUUCACAAAAUGCGUUUGUGUUUUCGCGUUUGAGUGUUGACACUCAACAUGGCGGCAUGUCGUCAGUGCUGUGCUGUGUCGUGCUUGUGUUACUGUUAGAUUAGAAAACUUGAAACAACGAUCAAGUAAAGUAAAAGCCAAAAACACAAUCCGCACCCAGCACGCAUUGAAGACAUCUGAGGAUUUUGCCAACUUCAUUUUUCACUUAGGACCUCUGUUGACAUCAGUGACUUCAAUAAUUUAACAGUAAAGCGUGUUGCAAUAGGUUAUAUUUCGGAUAUUGUAAUUGCAACAGCGUGAUUUGACUCUUUAAUAGGUUUUCCUUUUUAUUUUGUAUGUGUUCUCUUGAAGCACUUCAUUUGGCUUUUGUGUUCAAGAAAUUGGAGAGACAUCAUUUUAAUUGGCUGAGAACUUUUCUGUGAUAUAUUCUUCUUAAGCCAAAGUUCUUUGCAUCCAAACUUGAAUUAUAAUAAACUGAAAGAAAGACUAUGUCCAAUAAUCCUCAGUGGAAAUCCUUCCAGCCGCCAGCCAUGAAUUCGGACACUGCAAUACUGGACAUAAAGUCUUUGACAAUCCCCAAGAAUUCUACAUCUUCAUUUGCCAGCUCUCCCAAUGGAACAAGUUUCACAAAUAGUGGGAAUAACCAUUUUCAAAAUGUUCCAUCAAAAGACUCGCCGAACAAUGUGUACAGUAACAAGGGAAGCUCAAGUGGCCACUACUCUGCAAAUUACUCAUUUUCGACUUCAAAUAACUCUCGAGGAGGAGGUAGAUUCCCCAUAGGCACCUUCACUGGUAAUGAAGGUAACAAUACGGUAUUUAACGGAGAAUCUGUUUCAUCCCCACCAGCAAAUAACAGCAACAAUUCCAGUAGCAACACCACCAAUGCAAACUCAGGCUCAAAUUACAAUGAUUCCCUUGGCAGUCAGGGGACACGUGAAACAGGCAUUAUUGAGAAGUUGUUGCACUCUUAUGGUUUUAUCCAAUGCUGUGAAAGACAAGCAAGAUUAUUUUUUCACUUCAGUCAGUUUAAUGGCAAUAUAGAACACUUAAAAAUUGGUGAUCCAGUGGAAUUUGAAAUGACUUAUGAUCGAAGAACAGGAAAGCCGAUUGCAAGUGCAGUUACAAAAAUAGCUCCUGAAGUUGUUCUCAGUGAAGAACGUGUGACCGGUAAUGUGACAACUGAACUUCGUAGUGAUGGGUCUGCGGGAGAUGUUCAAGGACGAAUUAGUUAUGAAAAUAGAGGAGAAUGUUUCUUCCUGCCAUACAACAAAGAUGAUGUUGAAGGAAACGUAACUCUGCGAUCUGGAGAUAAAGUCAGUUUUCAGAUUGCUACCAAUCAGCGCAGUGGAAAUCUUGGAGCAUGUCAUAUUCGUCUAGAGAACCCAGCUCACCCUGUCAAAUAUCAAGGUGUAGUGUGUUCUAUGAAAGAAAGUUUCGGCUUCAUUGAACGAGCUGAUAUUGUGAAAGAAAUAUUUUUUCAUUUCUCAGCAGCUAAGGGUAAAGAAGAACUGCGUUUGGGUGAUGAUGUAGAGUUCACUAUUCAAACGAGAAAUGGAAAGGAAGUGGCUUGCAACAUUACACGCUUGGAACCAGGCAGUGUUGUGUUUGAAGAUGUAGGAAGUGAACUCAUUAAAGGACAGGUUUUGAAACCUUUAGAACGAGGGCAGCAGGCUCGGCAUCAAACUGAUCCUCUUCCUGGACGCAUUAAAUAUCGUGCACCUGAUCAUUCUGAAGUGGAGGUUCCAUUUGGAGAUAAGGAUCAGAAAGGAGACUUCACAUUGAGGCAUGGAGACUGGGUACAAUUUCGCAUUGCCACUGACAGGCGAGAUCAGCUCCAGCGUGCUACUCAAAUCUCUUUGUUAGAUGAAUCAUUUCUGAUGUCAGGUGAACGACGCGAACAAGGUGUUGUUUUGUGUUUGAAGGAAGGUUUUGGAUUUUUGCGAUGUGUGGAGCGAGAUACACGUCUAUUCUUUCAUUUUAAUGAAGUUCUUGACGUUGAUAGGGAAAUCAAUGUUCAUGAUGAAGUGGAGUUCACUGUAGUUCAAGAUCAGUCAUCAUUUUCAAAUAACCGUCAGAGUGCAAUUCGCAUUAAACACUUGCCUGCUGGUACUGUGCAAUUUGAGACUUUGACUGAGAAAAAUGUGACUGGUGUUAUUACUAAGGAAGCUCCUCUUCCAAGCUGGGGCAGUCGAAGUCCAACAAAAGGAAGCAAUCAGUCUCCCGGCAAAGGUGAUAAUCCAGAUGUAGGUAUCAUUAACUAUCAAGUAAAUGGAACCAAGAAGACAAUCUAUUUCCAUUCUAAGGACUGUGAUCCAAAGAACUUUCCAAGAAUUGGUGACAAGGUUGAAUUCAACAUUACUCAAGUGAAACGCAACAAGGAACUUUUGGCUGUUGAUAUUCAAGUUGUUGCAAAAUGUCAAAAUAAGAACGGGCUUGGUCGUACUAGCAACAUGCCGGUUUGCCAGGGCUUUAUUGCUGCCUUGAAGGAUGGAUUUGGGUUUAUAGAAAACAUUACCCACGAUAGGGAAGUUUUCUUCCAUUUUAGCAACUUUGAAGGUGAUCCAUCAGACUUGGAAUUAGGUGCUGAAGUAGAAUAUAACUUAGGCACCAGAGGAUCCUCGGGUAGUUGUUUGUCAGCUGAAAACGUGCGAGUAUUGACCAAAGGGACUAUUGAGUUACCAGCUGCUGUAGGCGACAUAAUGGAGGGUACUGUGAUCCGUCCUCUUCGCAGCGUAAAUCCUGAUCAAACCCAAUAUGCUGGCCUUAUUCAAACUAAUACUGAUGAAGAAGAAGAAGAGGAAGAAACUGAGAAGAAAGAAUAUGAAUUUGGCAUAACUAGUCUGUCCAACAAGAGAGAACUUCUACAGAAUGGAGAUCCUGUCACUUUCCAACUGGAUACAGAAGGGAGAGCUGCUAAUGUUGUUGCAGUUCGAAAGAAGAGAAGGGCUACUGUUGAUGCUGUAAAAGGCCUGUUUGGGUUCUUGGCAUAUGAAGUUGAAGAAGGCAAGAAAUUGUUCUUUCACAUGUCGGAAGUUAAAGAUGCGACAACUUUGCAGCCAGGUGAUCAAGUGGAAUUUGUUCUGGUGGUUAAUCAAAGAAAUGGAAAAUCAUCAGCUUGUAACGUUGUCAAAGUCAGUGAUGCUCCGAAACAAGAACGACCAGAGCGUCUCAUAAGUCGUCUGCGCACCAUUUCUGUGGAUGACUCGGGGCCUAAGCUGACGGUUGUUCGCCAGCCUCGUGGGCCGGAUGGCACAAAGGGAUUCUCCUCAGAUGUGAGACAGCCCAGAGCUCCUGGGGCAGUGGUGGAGUAGCAUUUUGAGAGAUCGUCAUUUGUCAUAGCUUGCUGAUAUACUUUAAAACAUAGCGAUCUCAUAGCUACUACAGUAUAUUUCUUGGGAUGAAAUUUUAUUUUGAUCCAAGGUCUUGUAAGGAAUAUUUAGUCCCAUUUUUUGCUGCUAUAAAAUUUAUGAGAAAGUUGGGUAAAUAGGCCUUUUACAUCUCAUUAUGAAAUUUGUGAGAUCAGUGAUUAUUUUUAUUUUGUAUUUAUAUUGUGAUCUGACUAAGGACUUGCAGAAUUGCAAUCUCUUCAUUAACCCAUUCAAACAUUUUAUCUGCAAAUCGUCAUUCACUUAUUUCUUGAUGUGGAAUGGGGAGACCAAAUAGCUUACCUAUAAUUUUUUGAAGUAUUAGCCAUAUUCCAUCUGUAUUGAGAUUCUGUGUUUUCUACUGCGGUGUGCCACUGUUGAUGUGAUUUGAAGGUUCUGAUGAAUUUCAAGGAAAAUAACUUUCGUGUUAUGAUAGUUGCUAAGGAUAAGAACGAUUUUGCAAGAUAUUUCAUCUGUUUAUUAAGUUGGUGUGCAAGAAUUUGUAAUGGUACAUUCAUUGCCUCUAUUUUAGAGUAAGAUAGUGGUGAACUCAUAAGAGGUGGUUUGAAGCAAUCUUGUAUUGAAGAUGGGAGGGGGAAUACCUAGCAAGAAAACUAGCUUUAAACAUAACAAAGACCCCGUUGUAUGGUAGGGACUCUUAUCUUCUGUAUUUCAUAUUAAUUCAGCUAAUCAUCAAAGUAGGCCUGUUUUGCCACUAGUUAAAAACAGUGGUCACAAGCCUUUCCAUGUUGGCUAAACUAAAGGUAAGAUUGAAAUGUUAUUUGUUCCAAAUGGGAGGUUUCAAAUGCCUACAUCUUUGACAUUUAUGUAAAUUUAAUUAUACAUGGGAAACAGCAGACGUCAGCAAACAGUACCCACAGUAACUGGUUAAUUUUCAUCAUUAGAUAUUUCUUUUCCCCAACACUGUUAUUCUAUGUACAUUCAACUAAUGUCAUAUAUUGCAUGAUAAUACCUCACUGAAGGUACCAUAUAUUUCUUGUUUUUGUGAACUAUUUCAUUUAUGUAUAUGUAAGUUAGAUAUCAAUAGAGUUUUAUACAAUGCUGAUGCAGAUACAUUUAUCAGCAUUACAAGGCCAUGUAUCCAAACACUUCCACGUCUUGGAUCCAGUCAGCUCUGUACUUUACUAUAUUUAUGAAGCUUGUGCUCACAUUGAUGGAAACUAGAAAAGUAAAUAGUUGCUUUUGUUAAAGAUUGUCAGAGAAUGGAUUUUUAACUGUUCAUUUGACAAAAUGUUGCACCAUUACUUAUACAAGUAUUUGUGACUAUGAAUAAAGGAAGUGAUUUGAGGGUAAUGGUGAGAAACGUGUAUAAUAUAUUGUACUAUGUUUAGAAGUUUGCUUCCAUUUGGUGAUUCAUAUCGUUUGUCUUAGUAUUUCUGUUGCUUUCCCUACAAGAUAAAUGCAAACUCGCUAUCUUUGUGUAUUUCAGAGCAUGUGUAUAACAGCAAAUAGAGUAAUGGAAUUAUUGUGUGGCCUGUUCAACAUGCCUGUUGCUCAACAGAGCUGAUAAUCAUGCAGCUCUUAGUUGUGCUCAAGAGCAGUGUCUUUCAAAACAGUGACAUCUGUGAGUGAACUUCAAGGAUUUCGUUGGUAGUGAAUGGUGAUAAGACAUCAAAUAAGAGAGAUCCUUCUCCUCUGAAUGAUUAUUAAGAAUUUUGCGGCAUUACUUGUGAAGUCCUAUACUAAGUCCAAUUCCUCAUGCAAUGCUCUUUUAAAUGAUGCUGUACAGUAGAUGUGUUUUUCUUAAUUUUGUAUGCUGCAGUGAAUGUACAUUCUUGUGCUUAGCAGGUACCAAGAGAGAGUGAUUACAUGUAUUGGCGUGUGUGUGUGAAUGUAUGUGAUGUGUGAUAGCAUGAAUAUGAAAUUUCUUAUCAAUUGUAUUGUAUAUUUAUGUGUACUUUCAGGCAAACUGUUUGGAGGUAUUUCCAGUGGGAUAAAUGAGGUAUGGGAGAAUAAUAUUCCUUUUCACUCAGGUCUAUUGGCUGGGUGGUGAAUGAUAUUUGAAACAUCCCUGCUCACAAAUGUAAUGAAUAUUGACUAACCUUGAAACAUAAGUGCUUUGUGAGACUUGUAUCCUGAUGAGCAGUUAGCGGCUAUUUUAAUGUAUAAUUAAAAAUAAUUUUUCAUCCUAGCCAAAUCUACGUAGAUUCUAAAUGCAGACUAAGCUUAAGUUGGUCUCAGAUAUAAACCAUAUUUGCAGAUUACAUUGCCAGUUAAUUACUACAAUAAUUUUCAUAAGGUUGCUGUGGGUACAGUUUUGCAUAAUUUUGGUUAAUCAUGUACCAUUAUUUUUCUCUUAAUUGUAUUUCAUUUUCAAAUGCAGGAAAAAUGUAAAAAAAUAUACAAAUUGGACAUGAUAUAUAAAGAAUAAAAUUGAAAAAAAUCUAUA